UGGUGAACAUGCGAAGAUGAAUCGUAACGGAGACCAAAACUGUAUUGAAGCAUGCAUGGAAGCAGGAAAAGCGGCAGCAAAUGAGACAGACCACCAUUCAAAUAGUUAACACAUUGCAGGGUUUCCAUUAUCUGGUAGAUGCAUGUUUGAGUGUUCAGCAAGUCUCAUAGGCCAGGGCUUCCAUGUGAAGGAAGUCGUGUGACCCCAGAGAUCGUUAUUUUGACUUGGAGAUUAGGAGCCAUUUCCAGCUAUAGAAACAUCGAAAGAGAAGCAGAGGCAAGAGCAGACUCAAGCAAUUCAUUCAUUUGAAGAGAAGAUAAUGGGAUUCAAUUUCAAACUCGCCAUUAGCAAAUCACUGCUUUUCUUACUUCUCUUCACCAAUCUUUGCUUCAUAACUGUUGCUGCCGAAUCACACUGCAAAGCAUGGCUUGUUCAAUCAAUCCCCACCGAUAUGCCCCACCUCCGUCGUAUCCCCGGCGUUCUCUCCACCGGAGAUGUGCUACGUUGGUUGGCCGGUAACUCGACCAAGCAUUUGGAUGUUAUAGCUCAAUACUGGCAGUUAGUUGCACAUCCUGAUGAUUCUCGUUCUGGGGAUUAUGGAUAUUCAAUAGAUGAUAUGAAGAAAUUUGGCGCUUUUGAAGGUUCUGCCGUUUAUAGAGCCAUAGAGGAUGCCGCCGAUCGUAAUGUUAGUAUCAGGUUACUACAGCACUCGGGUGUUUAUCCUGAUUACACAAAAGAACCUACUGAGCUUGCUUCAGGGAGGCCAAAUGUGAAGAAUGUGACCUUGUUACUUGGAGAUUGGUGGGGAUCAGGAAUAGUCCAUGCCAAAGUUUGGAUAUCUGAUAAUCGAGAUGUGUACAUUGGAUCUGCAAAUAAUGAUUGGAAAUCUCUUAAUCAGGUUAAGGAGGUUGGAAUUUAUCUCACUGGGUGUCGAAAAAUAGUGAAAAGUGUUGAUACUUAUUUUAAUAACCUGUGGAAACUUGCCCAUCUUAAUUCAUCAGCUCAUACUAGAACAGUAUGGGAUCAACAGUGGCAGAUUGAAAGAACAUUUCCAUGCUGGUCACAUUUCAUAGACUCUAAAGCAAGAUGCAAGUCUCCCCUUCCUGAGUUUGUGGAGGUUCCCCAUGUUGCAGGCUAUCCUAUGUUAUCAGAUCCACGUAUGGUUAAAGUUCCAAUUGAAACUCCUGGCCACAAUUUCUCAACUUUGCAGCCUCAACUGAGCUAUCUAUCUUUUGCUCCUCCUGAGCUAUCAUUCGGCAAGUAUCAGGCUGAUGAACAGGCAUGGAUUGAUACAAUAAAAUCUGUUGGAAAUGAAGCAAUAGUAAGGAUUAAUACCAUGGAUUGGCUCGGCCAGUCCCAAUUUACAAAGCCAAAGAUUUAUUGGUCAUCUCUUUCCUCAGCAAUAUCAGAGGUAGUCUUCUCCAAGCAAGCUACUGUUAAGAUACUGGUAGCGUACUGGGCACAUUUCAUCGACAACACAGAUCAGUAUCUGAAGUCUCUUCUCUACUCCAAUGUCCUGUGUUCUUCUUCCAAGUUCAACAACUGUUCUGGUAAAGUGGAGAUCAAAUAUUACGUGGUUCCAGGUUACAACCUGACAGGACCUGCAAUGAGCAACAUGACCAAUACAGGGAACAUAUACCCAGCAUUUACCAGGGUGAAUCAUGGAAAAUAUGCAGUUAGCGACGUGCGAGCUCACAUCGGAACAAGCAACCUUGUGUGGGAUUAUUUCUAUACAACAGCCGGUGUCAGCUUUGGCACUUACAAUCCUGCCAUUGUUUUACAACUUCAAGAGAUCUUCGAUGCGGACUGGGAUUCACCAUAUGCUGUUCCAGUUGAAGAGCAGGAGACAGGCCAUUUCUUUUCCAGCUGACUAGACUGGCUUGAACAAGAACUUGAAUUUGUUGAGAAGUGUUCCAAAUUCCAGUUUACACAGAAGAGUAGAUGACAUUAGUUUCUAACUGAUCAUCUCAAGUAUGAAGGCAAGCUUCUUUCCUCACCUUUUAACCUAUGUCCAAUUCUCUUCCUCUUACUUUGUUAGUCUUUUCUUAAGGUUAUUUUAUCUUAUUUUAUUUUUUAAAUGUAUAUAUUUAUUAUCUUAUCAUUUUACCUGUUAUCUUUAGUUAAUAAGUACUGUGUUUAAAAUGUGGAUAAUCAAAUAUUUUAUAUCUAUGAUAUGCAAUGGUCAGUUUUAAAAUUAA